AAAUGAAAAAUGAAGGGAUUGCUUUUGACACAUCAAAAGAAUGCAACAGAAGUGCGGAAAUCUUGCAAGGUCAUGCAUGAUUAAAAUAGAAACCUUAGGAAAAGAGUGCAAAAAAGGAGUUGGUGAUUUUUGAUAGUACUUUUCUUGGUUUUUUUAUUGGUCAAAGCCCUGUCACAUGACCAAAUUGCGGGUACUAGUUGUAAAGUUUAUCAARAUUGCAUUAGUUAAUGAUGUCGUCAAUGAUCCAUAAAUCAAGACAGAGAGAUAAUCAUGGACUUUUCUAGCUCUUAUCCGACUCCUGAGAUCCUCUACCAUCAAAGCGUGUCAUCAUCAUCGCCACAGCUGCAGUUGUCAAAUGAUUAUCAACUCGCCACAUCAAGUAGAACAUUUAAUCAUCUGCGUCCCCCUCCUCUCAAUACCAUUUCAACAAAUGAUCCUACGAACUUUUACAACAGAGGCACCCAAGAAUGGUCUUGGGAUUUCAAUCAUGGUUCUUCCAAGGCGAAUGCACAAGUGCCUAGUUACUUGCUCCAACCAAUUUACCCUUGGAUGAAAACAAAGAAAAGUGGAAAAGAUGGAAACGAGAAAAAGAGUUCUAAACGACACAGAACAAGCUACAACAACAAACAACUUCUGGAGUUGGAGAAAGAGUUCCACUUUAAUAAAUACCUUUGCAGCACUCGUAGAAAUGAAAUUGCAAAGUCAAUGAAUCUUACCGAACGACAAAUCAAAGUMUGGUUCCAAAACCGGCGAAUGAAAUGGAAAAAGGACGAGAAAGAAAAAGAACAGCAACAGAAACAUAGAUCCGGAUAUUUCCUAGAAGAUGUAGAUGAAGGAGAGGAGGGGUACAGUCUUCCAGAUAGCAUUAGGAAUCUUCCUCGACUUCCUAGGCUACCACCAUUCGCUCCCCCACGCCAGCCAAGUAUAUUUGACAACACUAACCAAAGGCUUACUAGUUCAUACAUAGACAUGAAUUUUCCACCAUAAGAAUAUAAUGAGGUCAAUCAUUUGAUCUAAAGAAACUUUAUAUUAUCGACCGACAACGUUGCCCAAGUAACUGUCGAAAGUAAUUAUAUAUCUUUGAACAUCUUCACAAAAACAUUGUUUUCUUUAAUUUAGUCACUUAUGUAUAAUUUCAGUGUUAUAUACACCGACUUUUUCGCAUGCAAUCUUUCUCUUUUUUUGAUUACAUACACAAGUAUCGCRCUUCAAAAUUUAGGAUGGGAGUUUAUUAACCCUUGCUUAUUUCAAGAAAUUGGUUUCCCAUAGAGCUCGUGCCAAUUUAAACACUCAGUUGGCCAUGUUGGCUUCCGGCUGAACUCUCCGCUAAGUUUGAGUGUUGAAUCACGGACUAGCAUGAUAAGUUAUAAAAGUAAUUAGUACCAAAAAUAAAAAGUUUAACUGUG